UCUCAACAUGCGGGAGCCAGCGUGUGGAAAUGAGUAACAAGUAAAUAAUCGCGUCUACACACUAAAUAUUUCUGUUCCCUCACCAGGAGUUGCAAGCAACAUGGCAAAUACAACCCUUCAGUUUAAAACAAACUAUGCUGUUUCCAGCAAGAUAGAGCCGUUUUACAAAGGAGGGAAAGUGCUGAUCAGUAAAGAUGAAAAGUACAUCUUUUGCACAUGUGGAUCUCACGUCAAUGUUUUGGAGAUCAGCACAGGCAAGAUCGUACAUCGUGUUGAGCAUGAUGAUCAAGAGGACAUCACUUCAUUUGUACUUAGCUCUGAUGAUGAGCUGCUGGUAACAGCCAGCAGGGCUCUGCUGCUGAAGCAGUGGGACUGGAGGCAAGCCAGCUGCACUCGUUCCUGGAAAGCGGUUCACACAGCCCCUGUAGCCAGUAUGACCUUUGACUCCACCUCCACCCUCCUGGCCACAGGUGGCUGUGAUGGCACUAUAAAGCUUUGGGAUGUGGUGAAGCAGUACUGCACUCACAACCUUAAGGGAAACUCUGGUGUUGUUCACUUGGUUCAGUUUCACCCAGAUAUCAAGCGACUGCAGCUUUUCUCCUCAUCUUUGGACUGUGGCAUUCGACUGUGGGACCUGUCCUCUAGCCAGUGCUUGUGCGUGCUGCAGAGCCACUACAGUGCUGUGACAUCGCUCAGCUUCAGUUGUGACGGAGACAGCAUGGUCAGUUCUGGGAGGGACAAAAUCUGCACGGUGUGGGACCUGAAAACUCGUCAAGCAAAGAGAACUGUUCCAGUUUACGAGGCAGUGGAAGGAGUUGUUGUUAUUCCUGAGAAAACAGACUUAUCCCAGAUUGGAGUGAAGAGCAAGGACUUGCAUUUUGUCACAGCUGGCAGCAAAGGUGUACUUAGGAUGUGGGACGCCGGUAGAGCUCGUUGCGUCUACACCCAGGCCCUCCCCUCCACUCUUACUUCUGUCUCAGAGGAGGAUGAAGAGAUAGAGGAUAACCCUCGUAGUCUGACAUACCUGUUUCACCUGCCCGUCUCCUGCAGAUUGGCCACAGUCACUGCAGAACAUAACAUACUCUUCUACCAGCUGCCAGACUUCACUACACAGCAACAGUUUGUGGGUUACAACGACGAGGUGCUGGACGUGAAGUUCCUGGGUAAAGGUGACACGCACAUCGUCGUGGCCACCAACAGCUGCCAGCUGAAGGUGUUUGAGCUGCUCAGCAACAGCUGCCAGAUCCUGUACGGACACACAGAUACUGUCCUCACACUGGAUGUAUUUAAAAAAGGCUCCCUUUUUGCAAGUUGCGCAAAGGACAGGUCCGUGCGUGUGUGGAAGAUGGACAGUGACAGCGGUCAGGUGCAGUGUGUGGCCCAGGGCUCCAGCCACACCAACGCUGUGGGCUCCAUCAGCUGUUCCAGGAUGAAAGCAUCUUUUGUCGUGACUGGUAGUCAGGACUGCACUGUGAAGGUGUGGGAUUUACCGGCAAAAUUUUCAGGAACAGAGGCGGACAUGUGUCAGCUGACGCCACGCACCACAGAGAAGGCUCACGAUAAGGAUGUGAACAGUGUUGCAGUGUCACCUAACGACAAGCUGCUGGCCUCGGGCUCCCAGGACCGCACGGCCAAGCUGUGGUCUCUGACAGGGGAGGGGAACCUGGGCCUCCUGGGGGUGUUUCGGGGCCACCGCCGUGGUAUUUGGAGCCUCUGCUUCUCUCCACUCGACCAGGUGUUGGCCACCUCGUCGGCAGAUGGCACGAUAAAGUUGUGGGGCUUGCAGGACUUCAGCUGCCUCAAGACCUUUGAGGGCCACGACGCAUCAGUCCUUAAGUGCAUAUUUGUAAGCCGCGGCACACAGCUGCUGAGCAGUGGGUCAGAUGGUUUGGUGAAGCUGUGGACCAUAAAGACCAAUGAAUGCGUGAAGACGUUGGAUGCCCACCAGGACAAAGUGUGGGGUCUCCACACCAGUCGCAGCGAUGACAAGAUGGUGACAGGCUCAGCAGACUCCAACAUCACCGUGUGGAUGGACGUGACUGAAGUGGAGCUGGCAGAGGAGCAGGCCAAGCAGGAAGACCAGAUACUCAAGCACCAGGAGUUGUCCAACCUGCUCCAUGAGAAGAAAUAUCUGAAGGCGCUGGGUCUGGCCAUCUCGCUGGACCAGCCUCACACAGUUCUCACCGUUAUCAAAGCGAUCCGUCAGGGGGAGAGCAGCCAAGGGCUGCUGGAAAAGACGGUGCUGAAACUGCGAGAAGAUCAAAAAGAGUCAAUUCUGCGCUACUGUGCGGUCUGGAACACCAACGCCAGGAACUGCCUGGAUGCUCAGGCCGUCCUGCAGGUGCUGCUCACCCACCUGCCCCCCGAGGAGCUGCUGCGGUACCAGGGGGCUCGGACGCACCUGGAGGGUCUCAUCCCCUACACAGAGAGACACAUGCAGAGGAUCGGCCGUCUGCUGCAGGCAUCCAUGUUCCUCAACUACAUGUGGCAGAAAAUGAGAGUGGCUGGAGCUCCAUCAGGUAUGGGUCAAGAUGAAGAAAUGGACACCACUCCACUAGCACAGCCUUUCUUUUUCAUUGACAACGAAAAAGAAGCAGACGUCGGCGAUAAGAGACGAGACCAAGGUGACGACGGCGAUAGCGGGCAAGAUGAAGAUCCAGACCUCUGCAUGGAAAUCCAAGAUGAUGCUGUUGAGGUCAGCGCCACCACGAAAGCCUCCACCAAGCGGGCAGGAUUGGAAAAGGGAAGGAUCACCGUAACCAAUGGCAACCGCCAUUCCGAAAGUGAGGAGAGCUCAGAAGAAGAGGACUUGGAAGAAGAGAAGGAUCAGAUAACAGAACAUAAGAUGAACGAUUUUCCCGUCUCAGCCGCUCCACUGUGUCAGACGUCGAGUUGACAGGAUCUUGGAGCUGGACACAGAUGUCUCACUUCUAAAAUAAAUAAAUAAAGACAUGGAUGUUUUCUUCCACAAAUAAUCAGAUGGAGUGUCUGAUUAAAGUAGCGGGAAGCAGAGAUGGCUGUGGUUUCCCAACAGUGCAGAUAAAACUUUUCUCUGAAAAUAUCGACGACUUUCCUCUUGUGCCGAUUAAUCUGCAAAUCUGUUCCACCUUUCAGAUUCUAAACAGAGCGUGAAGAUGCUUAACCAUCCUGUAUUCUUCUUCAACACAAAAAUGCAAGGCUCAAAUGAACAAAAAGGACAUUUUAGAGGAAAAAUACGGCUGCAUAAACAUUUAGGUUACAUGUCGGAGGCAAUUUUUAUAGCUCUGCAGUGUUGUGUAGACCCGAUUUGCCCGCUCACAGGGAGACAUUUCCCUCAUUUAACACAGAAAAGGUUUUAUACUGUAUGUGACUGCAUUUUGUUGUAUAAUUACUGCAAAUGUUUCAGCUUUAUUGAGCAAUGUGCUGCACAUUAUAAUUAAAAGUCUUCAAACUCAACCUGCCACCUGAUU